UUAGACAGACGCCAAAGAAGAGUAUGCUGGAUUCGGGUUACUGUUCUGAUUAGGGUUAAGAAAGGCUUUGGAUUCCUCUUCCGAAUAGAACCCGAUCUCGCCGCCGUCCCAACAUAAAUCCAAUCUUCCUGUAGACUCUGUCAGUUUGCGGUUUAUAUAUCUGUAGUACAGGCAAGAUUUCCUCUUCUGUUUUGUUAGUUCGUUAUUAUCCGACCCCUUCCCUUGCGACUCAAUUGCAGCGAUGGGAUCCGCCGUCUCUUCCGCCAUCGCCGACGCAGCAGUGGAGUUUUUACACCUUGAGGGGCAGAUCGUGGACGAGGACGAUCCCCACCGGGGGCCCUUGCUCUCCGAGCUGCCCCUCGACCAGCAACAACGCCGUGUCCAACGCUUCAUGGACAGGUUGGAGCGCAAGCGUCGCCGCAACCUUGUGUUGUACGGCCCGAGAUCAGAAGUGGAGCGCAACAGAGCCAUAGUUCUCCCACAUGUCCAGAUCGCCCUUCGCCACUACAAUUCAAACAACCCGGGUGCAGAGUUCGAGCCUGUCAGUCCUAUGUCGUGCAAUCGUGUCGGAUUCAGGGACGAGAUUUGGUUUCACUUCAACUUUUUAGCUCGCCGGUGCCUCAAAAAGCACAAUUUCUGGGCUCGCGGGAGGGUUGCUCCAGAACCAGAUACCUCUGACCAGUAUUUCUUCGCUGAGCUACACUAUGACCGCUUCGGCAAACCAGUUGUCGAAACGUGCACUAUAUUGGAAAAACCGAUUUGCCAAUUUAAAGGAAAAUGUGCCUUUUGCAAGGGCUCAGUUGGGAUUUGGCACUCUAGGAACGGAGGUUUUUUGUGUGGAAGGGAGGGCCAGAAAAAGGAGUAUUGUCAGAUGUUUAUGUUGAGUGAAAGGCCCAAGAAAGGACCAGAGGACGAACCUUCUUCAGUUCGAAGGCUAUUUGAUGAGUUGCCACUAGCUGCCUAGUUAGCCGUGGGUUUGGAUUCAUAGAUUAGCUAAUGUACAGCAAGCUGGUACUGUUUGCUUGGAUAUCAAAAUGUAUUAGUUAGAGAAUACAUUAAAUGUGAAUAAUUGACUGUAUAAAGAAUCAUCAUAUUUCAUAACUACAUGUGUCGAGCACGA